AUGUUGGUAUCGAUCAAAGGCUUCAUCGUAACUUACACUGAUGUGUUCACUAUGAACGCUACAGUAAAAACAAAAGUUCAUUUUGAUAAUGUUCUGGACAAAUAUAAACAGAUGAUAUGUUGCAAGGCCAAAAUGUUUUGUCAUGCUUACGAAGAGAUUCAUGGUUGGAUCAAGGUGUCGUUGAAUGAUUAUGUACACUUGGCCAAAAAAGCAGUACAAAGGAAGUUUGAUAAGAGGAGCAUAGCAUUGGAGGAUCGAGUUGAAAGUUUAAAGGUAAAGUUAUUUAUAAAACUAAAAAACAUUUUUUGGCUGGACUUAAACAGACUAGGUGGAGCAAUGUGAAUUAAGUUUGCAAAAAGAGCAUUUUGUUCAGACAUCAAAUUUUCUCCGCCUUUUCAAAGAAAGCAGGGUAGGUAACAUCGAUUAACAGGGAAAGUAUCUUACCUGCCUCGCUCAGAAUUAGCUCAAAAUUUUUAUAUGAAUUCUUUGUGCCACCAAUAGUACCCAUAAAAAAAAUUUAGCUCGUGUUCUUUAGUUUUAAUUUUAAAUUAUUUGGGUUUCCCGCCAAUUUGGCAAAUUUGGCAUUGUGUUUCAAGCGCUUUUUCGGCUUUCCAGACAAGAUACGCUUCCAAAUUCAAAAAUGUAGGUUCAUUUAAAGGUUUUCUACUAGUAUAUCAAAGAAAAAUUAUUAAAGGUCAAAAAAUGACAAAGUCACAAGCUUGAAACACAAUGCCAACUCGGCGGGAAAUUCAAAACGUAAUUUUUUAAUAUUAAUUUUCUCGAGAUUCCAAUGAAAGCGCGAUUUAGUACUUUGCUAAAGAUUGUAUAUUUACAUGAUCUUUCUUUAUAAAAAGUUUGAAGUCAAUCAGAACGGGGCACGUCGGGCACUUUCCUUGUAAGCUAAAGCCAUUUUUAGAACUCUUUAAAACUGAAUGUGAAUUAAUUUUUAAAAUUUCCAUUUUAGUAUAUGGAAUCCUGCUGCACUAAAACCCUAAACUUCUGGAGAACUCAACCAAAUAGUUUUGUAAAAAAACUGACCACUGAAUAUUUUGAAGAAGUUUUUCUAGAAUCCACGACUAUGGUCUCAAAUUUGAAAGUCAUGAUUGAAACUGAAAGAGCUAUUGAUCAAAAAAAGAAGUGGACUAGUUUGAUUGUUGGAGCUUUUUUGGUCGAAGCUGUUUAUCUUUGCUGUCAAUAA